CGCAGUGCCAACGUAUGCAAACAGGAACAUGUCUGCCGGUGUUUAGCAUUAGCAAGUCUUUAAAACUCACAGCCUGACAAGACCCGACAUCUGCCGAGCCCUGCGACACAAGUCGAGUCCUUCAUCAAGAGCAUCAGGGGAGGCCGCGCUCUCUGGAAAAACCCUCAACAGUCCGAGAAAGAGUGGGUCAUCAUGGCAAGUCCGAGGACCAGACGAGUUCUUAAAGAAGUCAGAACUCAGGAUGAGAAUAAUCUGUGCUUUGAGUGUGGAGCGUUUAACCCCCAGUGGGUCAGCGUCACGUACGGCAUUUGGAUUUGUCUGGAGUGCUCUGGGAAGCACAGGGGCCUGGGAGUUCAUCUCAGUUUUGUGCGCUCGGUCACCAUGGACAAGUGGAAGGACAUCGAGCUGGAGAAGAUGAAAGCAGGAGGAAAUGGAAAAUUCCGCCUGUUCCUGGAGCUCCAGGACGAUUACGACCCCAACUGGACUCUACAGGAGAAAUACAACAGUAAAGCUGCUGCGCUCUUCAGGGACAAGGUCGCGACCCUGGCAGAGGGGAAGGAGUGGUCCAUUGAGACGUCCCCCGCCAGAAACUGGACGUCUCCUCAACCCAAGACCAACAUCUCAGCAUCUCAUUGCUCCGGAGGACCUGGACAGACCUCAGCCAAGUCUGGCGACAAAGCUUUUGAAGACUGGUUGAGCGACGACGUGAACUCCUAUCAGAGUGGAGGGGGCUACAGUGGGAAUCAGGAGAACCGCUAUGUAGGUUUUGGGAACACGGUGACACCAGAGAAGAAAGAGGACGACUUCCUGAACAAUGCCAUGACUUCUAUAUAUUCAGGUUGGAGUAGUUUUACUGUCGGAGCCAGCAAAUUUGCCUCUAUUGCCAAAGAUAAUACAACUAAACUGGCAAACCAAGCAACCUUGAAGUUAAGGGGCUAUAAAGCGCCCCCAGAACCGGCCACUGAGUUAGGACAGACAAUAAAUGAGAGUGUUAUCAAACCCACUCAAGAAAAGGUGAAAGAUGGCAAAUUGCUAGAUGAAAUGGCCGUCAGCAUCACUGGGCUGGCGAACAAGGUUCAGGGAGCCGGAGCGAAGUUGACCAAUAUGUUCUCUGGAAAACCGGAAGAUGGGUCCGCUGGAGAAAGCUACCAGAAUAUGGAUGAGGGCUAUCAGGGCAGCUCCAGCCAGCCGAUGUCCAAGGACUUCUGGGAAACGUUUGGCAGCAACAGCUCCUUAAAAGCUAAGAAAUCUCCCAGCACCGACAGCUGGACCAUCGCAGACAAUUCUGCCAAGAAGAGCUCCGACAGUUGGGACAAUUGGGGCUCGGAAGCAGCGUCCAACAACAAACACAGCACAGAGGAGAGCUGGGAGGCCUGGGACAACAACUGGGAGAACGCAGACGGGAAGGCGAAGAAGAGCCCCAGCAAACCGGCCGAGGAGAGCUGGGAUAAUGCAGACUGGUAGUCACCGACUGCUCUUUCCCCCCCCCUCACUCACUCUCUCUCUCUGUUCAUCUCAUUGGCGCCUUCGGGUAAAUGGCUUUGUUCCUGACAAUGUGCUCAAAUUCUAUUUCUGAUGCAACCAAGAAACAUAAUGAACAAAGCUGGUUGACCAGCGUGCAGGAAAAACAGACAUCUAGUGGUGAAGUUGCAUAUUGCACCAUGCUCCUCCAUCCUGGUCGACCAGCGAGAACCUGUAGUGGCGGUUUAAGUUAAAGCGUGGUGAAAUGUCAGACGAGCUGCUUCAGGUGAAUACUAACACAAGAAAAUAUUAAGAAUUUCUUUUCUUUUCUUCCAAUAAAUCUCCAUAAUCCUACACACAGGCACUUUCAGAAAUUGAACAGUUUUAUUUUUUAAUAUGCUGUCCAGUAUUUUAUUGUAAAUUUCCAUAGUCAUAAAGUCUCAAAGUGAGUCGGUGUAAAUAGGGCCGUUACUGUGCUCUCAGUAUUUAUCUGGUGGUGAGUAAGCCAGUGUUCGUACUGUGUCAUUGGGUUGUUGAUGCUGGUUUUAAUUCACCUCAUACAAAAAUCAUGCAUGGAGGAAAAUUCGGUGGUGUAAAUACAAGUAGUUGUAAAUACGAUUGACUAAACACUAACCCCAUUAAUUCCAGUGUCCAAUCAGAUUUGCCCCUGCGACCUGUUCCACGUUUUGGUUUUGUAAAAUAAUUUUUUCGAUUGGAAAAACCAUCUUUACUGAGUAAAGACCGAGUUUCCUGUUGAGUUAUAUUGUAUCAAAGGAUCAAAUAGUGAUUGUAACAAAUCGUCAUUCAUCAUAAUCUCCGAGAAUAUGUAAAAUCCUAAUAAACAAAUUCAAUGUGUGUAAAGAUAGAGCUGAAUGGCCUUCAUAGUACUGUGGGUUUUUUUUUUUUGUUUUUUUUUUCAGUCACAGCAUUUAUAAUCUGCAGACUCUUCCUACAACAGGAUGUAUCAGAACGGUGUGUUUAAAACAAAUUCAGAUUAUCAGUGUUUCAGUCCUCUGCUGAAAAGAUGAACUCGUCACAGGAUAGAUGUGCAUGUGUUGAAAAACAUCGCUGCCAUGCACACAACUUUCAAAACUUGAACCUGGAACUCAGUCGAACUUCGGAAGCUGUAUAUGUUAAUGCGGCAUUGCAAUUGAUUUUCAACCAAAUUCUUUUUUUCUGACAAACUAAUAAAAGCAUCGCUCAGUUCAUUGACACGCAACUUCCCCCCCCCCCCCCCCCCCCCCAAUCACCCUCGUUUCAGACUAAACCCCCUCCAGCCACAUGUAAAGAUCCACCUGGUCUUGUUUCCGCCUUCGUCACCUUCUCCUUUUCAUACACUCAUUUUAAAAGUGCGACAGUUACUUUUUUUAAGCACAUUUCCAACAUCGUAUUAGGAAGUUUUGUUACACAUGAUUAUAAGUGAUAUUUUUAUACAGCAAGUUGAUUAAAAAAUGUUUAUUUAUAUACUUAAUUGCAAAAUUAAAUAACUUCGUUGGAAAAUAUUAAAUAAGCCAGGAAAACCUGCCAAUACUGAGGGAUAGCAAAGACAUUUAAUGCAAUAUUGUGCUUUGUAUUGCUUAUUUUCUGUGAUUAUGUAGCUGGUUUAAAUGAACUGACACUUGACACAGUCAGAACGGGGUGAAUUGAGUUCCUUUUACAAAUGAAGAACAGCGUCCUUUAUGAUUGAACUAGUCUGCCAUCGAAACAUUUAAAAUCUACCUUAGACUGGGUGUGGAACUCAACAGACUACCGUUACAGUGAAUUACAGAAACAUCUUGUUAAAAUGCAUCUAGGGUAAUGGAGUGUAUGGACACGGGUACAAAUUAUAGACUUGAUCACCAUCAGGAAGCUGUAACCUUAACUGAACUAACCUUCUCAAUAUAUAACCUGGUUUAAGUGUCGCUGCAUCUUCCUUUUUGCUUAUGUGCAGGAUUUGAUUUCAAAGGUAGUAACACUUGUGUUAACAUGGAAGUGUAGGUGUGAAUCAGUGAAGCAUGUUAUACGCUAAAGAUGCUCAGAGCUCUCAUAAAUGAUGGAAUUUACCCAGCGCAUCCGUCAGCUGUAGCUGUAUUUGGAAACAUUGUAAUGUACUCAUUGUGAAACUGGAUUUUCUACUCAGACUUUUCAGGACGUGUUUGGGUUUAUUCAUGUUCGUGGCCUUUCGUUCUUUUGAACUCUUGUUUUAUUUCCUGAAAACUGCGUCUGUGGAAAUCUUGUGGCAAAGCAACUCAUGCUGAGUGUCACUGGACUCACUGUCUCAUUAGGUCUGCAUUGUUUAGGUUGUUCAUAACAUGUUUGACUGCGUAUCUUUAGUUGGGAAUCAGCUGCGUGCAGAGUUUUGUCUCACUGCAGUGUGGAUGGCUUAUUUGAGUGCUGAGAUGUUUAACUGUACUCCUUCAUGUAACCUUCAUUGGGACUCUGUUGGUAAAAUUACUUGGUACGAAAAGGUUUUGACUCGUGACUGAUAUUUUCUUGGAAUUUGCCCAACUCGUCCAUUUUCCUACCUCUCAGAAGUCUUCAGUUUACAGCCUGGUGUUCACUUGUCAAAGUGUGUGUGUGUGUUUUUCUUUUGUUGUGUGGAUCCUUUUUCUGUGUGUGUGUGUGUUUUGACCUUUGUCAUCACUUAGACUUGGUAUUCUGUUCCUGUUUUUAGUUUUAUUUUAAUUCAGUGUAAAGAAAUGUGAGACAGCAAAGCAGCCGAUGUGAGCCUGCAGUGUGGAUGAGUUUUCAGUGACAAUGCAGUGCUUUAAGAAAAUAUACACACACA